GACUCUGGUCAACUCUGGCUGCUGUUGGUAAACUCGCUUCUUGCACCAUAAAGAUGUCUGCAGGGAAAGAAGAAAACACUUUGACCUUCUUUGUAAACGGGAAAAAGGUAACAGAGACUCAUGCAGACCCUGAAACGAUGCUGCUGUCCUUCCUCAGAGAGAAGCUGAGGUUAACUGGGACCAAAUAUGGCUGUGGUGGAGGAGGCUGCGGAGCGUGCACCGUCAUGGUGUCACACUACCAACCCGCCACCAAAACGAUCACUCAUUACUCCGCCAACGCCUGCCUGCUGCCGCUCUGCCAGCUUCACGGAGCCGCCGUCACCACCGUGGAGGGCAUCGGCAGCACCAAGACCAGGAUCCACCCAGUACAGGAGCGAAUAGCGAAGGCUCACGGCUCGCAGUGCGGCUUCUGCACUCCAGGGAUGGUGAUGUCCAUGUACGCUCUGCUGAGGAACAAGCCUCAGCCUGCCAUGGACGACAUCACCCAGGCGCUGGCUGGUAAUCUGUGUCGCUGCACUGGGUAUCGACCUAUUGUUGACGGCUGCAGGACCUUUUGUCAGGAAGCCAACUGCUGCCAAGCAAACGGAGACGGAAACUGUUGCCUCAAUGAGAAGGAAAGUGGAGAUGAACCUGAUCCUGGAACGCCGCAGCUGUUCGACAAGAGCCAGUUUCUGCCGUUGGAUCCGACACAGGAGCUGAUCUUCCCUCCAGAAUUGAUUCUGAUGGCGGAGACGGCGAGCCCACAGACUCUCUCCUUCCGUGGGGAAAGGAUGAGCUGGGUGUCCCCUGUCUCGCUGGAGGAGCUGGUCCAGCUGAAGACAAGCAACCCUAAAGCUCCGCUGGUCCUGGGCAACACUAACAUCGGUCCUGAUAUUAAGUUCAAAGGCGUCCUGCAUCCUCUGAUAAUAUCUCCAACCAGAGUGACGGAGCUAUUCGAGGUCGCCCAGAUGCCAGAAGGUGUUUCUGUGGGAGCGGGAUGCAGUCUCUCUGAGGUUCUGUCUCUUUUGGAGAAGCUGGUCCACCAGUUUCCAGAGGAGAAGACCGAGCUGUUCCGAGCCCUGAUCCAGCAGCUGGAGAACCUGGGAAGCCAGCAGAUCCGCAAUGUCGCAUCUCUUGGAGGCCACAUCAUGAGUGUUUACCCAAACUCAGAUCUGAACCCUCUUCUGGCUGCCGGAAACUGCAAAGUCAUCGUUAUUUCAAGUGGAGGAAGACGAGAUGUUCCUCUGAAUCAAGACUUCUUUGUGAGCUUUGGAAAAACCAUCCUGAGACCAGAUGAGAUUGUCGUGUCUGUUUUUAUUCCUUUUUCCAGAAAGGGGGAGUUUGUCCGAGCUUUCCGUCAGGCUCCGAGGAAGGAGAGCGCCUUCGCCACGGUGACGACGGGGAUGAGGGUGUUUUUCUCAGCGGGAUCCAGACUUGUGGAGGACGUCAGUAUUUACUACGGAGGACUGGGAGCGACCACCGUCAGCGCUGCCAAAACCUGCACAGCCAUCGUCAAACGACCGUGGGAUGAUGAGACCCUCAGUCGGGCCUAUGACGUCCUCCUGGAUGAGCUGGUCCUCCCUCCGUCCGCUCCUGGAGGAAAAGUGGAGUUUCGUCGCUCGCUGGCUCUCAGCUUCCUCUUCAAAUUCAACCUGGAGGUCCUGCAGAAGCUCAGAGAACUGAAUGUGAUCACAGAUGAACUUCCAGAGAAGAUUCAGCCUUUACCGAGAGAGAUCCAACUCAGCCUGCAGGAGUUCCAGCAUGUAUCUGAGGGCCAGAAUGACCAGGACCCAGUGGGCCGUCCCAUCAUGCACCGCUCCGCCAUCAGCCAGGCCACAGGUGAGGCCGUAUACUGCGACGACCUGCCCAAAACAGACGGGGAGCUUUUCCUAACUCUGGUCACGAGCUCUCGAGCACAUGCUAAGAUCAUACGUGUGGAUGUGAGCGAGGCUCUGCAGCUUCCUGGUGUUGUUGACGUCAUCACGGCCAAAGAUAUUCCUGGAAAGAAAGUCCGAGCGAUGUUUGGUUACGAUGAGGAACUGCUCGCCCAGACAGAGGUGUCGUGCAUCGGUCAGAUGAUAUGUGCUGUGGUCGCCGACACGAGGGCGCAUGCCAAACGAGGCGCGGCAGCCGUGAAGAUCACCUACGAAGAUCUGCCUGAGCCAGUUUUCACCAUAGAGGAAGCCAUCGAGAAGUCGUCUUUCUUUGAGCCUCUGAGGAUGAUAAAGAAAGGAGACGUGACGGACGCCUUUAAAACUGUCGAUCGGGUUUACGAAGGAGAGAUACAUUUGGGAGGCCAGGAGCAUUUCUACAUGGAGACGCAGAGCAUGCUGGUUGUUCCUGUCGGCGAGGAGACAGAGUUCAACAUUUACGUCUCCACUCAGUGGCCGACAUUAGCUCAGGACGCAGUUGCGGAGACGUUGGGCAUCCCAUCCAACAGAGUCACAUGUCACGUCAAAAGGAUCGGUGGAGCUUUUGGCGGGAAAGUCACCAAAACCUCCAUACUGGCUUCUAUCACCUCUGUAGCUGCAUGGAAGACUAAUCGGGCGGUCCGCUGCAUCCUGGAGCGAGGUGAUGACAUGCUGAUUUCAGGAGCGCGUCACCCUGUUCUGGGAAAAUACAAGGUCGGUUUUAUGAAUGACGGCAGGAUCAUGGCUGCCGAUAUACAGUACUACGCCAACGCUGGCAACACUGUGGAUGAAUCAGUCCUGGUAGUAGAGAAAAUCCUGCUUCACAUGGACAACGCCUACAACAUCCCCAACCUGCGAGGCCGUGCUGCCGCCUGCAGGACCAACCUGCCCUCCAACACCGCCUUCAGGGGCUUCGGUGUUCCCCAGACCGCCAUGGUCGUCGAGAACAUGGUCAAUGAUGUUGCCAUGGUGCUGGAGCGCCCUGCGGACCAGAUUCGAGAGAUCAACAUGUACAAAGGGCCGUCAGUCACUCACUACAAGUUUGAGUUCAGCCCGGAGAACAUGCACCGCUGCUGGGAGGAGUGCAAAGCCAAGUCCGACUACGACGCCCGACGGGGAGCCAUCGAGCAGUUUAACCAGCAGAACCGCUGGAAGAAGAGGGGCAUGUCCAUCAUCCCCAUUAAAUACGGCAUCGCAUUUGCAGAGAGCUUCUUAAAUCAGGCUGCAGCUCUGGUCCACAUCUAUAAAGACGGCUCUGUUCUGGUCACUCAUGGCGGCACGGAGAUGGGUCAAGGAAUCCACACCAAAAUGCAACAAGUGGCGAGCCGGGAGCUUCACAUCCCUCCCUCUAAGAUCUACAUCAGCGAAACCAGCACCAACACCGUUCCCAACACCUGCCCCUCCGCUGCGUCCUUCGGCACCGACGCCAACGGCAUGGCGGUCAAGAACGCCUGCCAGACUUUAUACCAGCGGCUGGAGCCAAUCAGGCUUAAGGACCCCAAAGGAUCAUGGGAGAGUUGGGUGAGAGCAGCGUUUUUUGAGAAGAUCAGUUUGUCAGCUACUGGAUUCUACAGAGGUCCAGAUCUUUACAUGGACUGGGAGAAGAUGGAGGGUCAGCCUUACGCUUACUUCACAUAUGGAGUCUGCUGCUGCGAGGUGGAGCUGGACUGCCUGACAGGAGACUACAGGACGGUGAGGACGGACAUUGUGGUCGACAUGGGCAGAAGUGUGAACCCGUCAGUCGACAUCGGCCAGAUUGAAGGAGCGUUCAUGCAGGGUUUGGGUCUCUUCACUCUGGAGGAGUUGAAGUUUUCUCCUUCGGGGCUCCUGUACACUCGAGGUCCAUCUCAGUACAAGAUCCCCGCCGUCUGCGAUGUGCCGCUUCGCUUCAACGUCUACCUGCUCUCAGACUCCCACAACCCCCACGCCAUCUACUCCUCAAAGGGCAUUGGAGAACCCAUCCUCGCCUUGGGCAGUUCGGUGUUCUUCGCCAUCAAAGACGCAGCGGCGGCGGCUCGCUCAGAGUCCGGUCUAGUCGGUCCGUUUCCUCUGAACAGCCCUGCAACAGCAGAGAGAGCCUGCCUGGCCUGUGCAUCCCCGUUCACUCAGAAGAUUCCAGCCAGCGAACCAGGAUCUUUCAAACCGUGGGCCUUAAACAUCUGAAACACACUUAUUUUACUGACACUCACACUAUAAAAUUACUCUAUAUGUCACAUCACAACAAACAAAGUCCUAUAUUGCACAUUAAUUCUGUUUUUCAUCCGUGCAUAAUGUGAAAUUUAUACCUUUUAUGAAAUCACAGAACUUUUAAUUGUAUUUCUGUCUGUCGUACAAAUCACAAUUUCAAUAAGGGAAUAAAUAAUGAAACUGUUUUUGAAUAUGUUGGUUGGUCCAGUGUGUGUAAACUAACACAGAUCUUCUUGCCGGCCGAGGUUGAUCAGAUAUCGAUGCGUCGCUGCGUUGGACGCCCGAGGCCUGCGAGAGCGACAGGAAGUGCUUGUUAAAUCAGAUGUUUCACAAGAAGAGGUCAGGAGAUGCUGGGUUAAAGAAUAAGAGACCGUUUAUUAAAGGUUUUGGCUUAUUGUAUGAGUAGAAUCAAGUAGAACAAUAACUUGGGAAGGUAGAAGUCAUCAUCAGCUUCUCACAAACAUCCUGAGAAUCAAUUAUUACAUAUUGCACCUUUCAUUAAAGUUGAAUGAGAAUCAAAGUGCUUUACAAGUGAUUGACAAACGCACAGGAAGGUAAAUAUAUGGAUCGGAGACUAAAACACAUACCAACAUUAACACAAGGUGACUUAUAAAAUGUAAAGAGAAUAAACUAAUAAAUAAUAAAAGAUGAGUCAAAAUGGGAAAUCAGACUUUUACAAUAAAUACAAGAAGUCAAAAUGUUCUGGUGUCAUUGUAAGUGAAGUUAGGGUCAUUUUUAUGAGAUCCAUUGACAAUUGAAUCUGUAAAAUCAAUUAUGUAGUGUACCAAGUGUCACAAAUGUAAGUAGAUUAACCAGAAUUAAACUCAGCGUUUGAGAAGCUGAUAUAUUUGGCUUUCAUUAUCAGUAUUGUUGACUAUUGAGUAUCUCUUGAUAGAUUAAUUGGUUAAUGUAAAAAAGGUACAGGAUGUUUUAUGAGUCUUCUCCUCUUCUCCUCUUUUACAAAACAUCUGAUCAUUUUGUUGUUUUAUAAACUCUUCUACUGGA